ACUGAUCCCCAGCAGUGACCACAAUGCCAUCAGCCCUGGAGAGCCCAGAGGGGGGAGAGGAAGAUGUCUUGCACUAUGAGGAAAUAGAAGAUGGUGCUGUCAGCCCCAUGGACCUUUCAGAGCUGCUGAAGGAGGGGACGAAGGAGUCUCACGACCGUGCAGAGAACACUCAGUUCGUCAAGGACUUCCUCAAGGGGCGCAUCAAGAAGGAGCUCUUCAAGCUGGCCACCGUGGCCCUUUACUUCACCUACUCUGCCCUGGAAGAGGAGAUGGAUCACAACAAGGACAACCCAGUCUUUGCUCCCCUGUAUUUCCCCGUAGAGCUUCACCGGAGAGAAGCUUUGGCCAAAGACCUCAAAUAUUUCUAUGGGGAAGAGUGGAAAGAAAAGAUCCAGUGUUCAGAGGCAACUCAGCAGUAUGUGGACAGAAUCCAUCAUGUGGGACAACACGAGCCAGAGCUGCUGGUGGCUCAUGCUUACACACGCUACAUGGGGGACCUCUCAGGUGGCCAGGUGCUAAAGAAGGUAGCCCAGAGGGCCCUGAAGUUGCCCAGUACUGAGGAAGGGAUCAAAUUCUACGUGUUUGACAACAUUUCCAACGCACAGCAGUUCAAGCAGCUUUACAGAGCAAGAAUGAAUGCUCUGGACUUGGACAAGAACACCAAGGAAAGGAUCGUGGAAGAGGCCAACAAAGCCUUCAGAUUUAACAUGCAGGUGUUUGAUGAGCUGGACAAGAUUGGCAGGUCGCUGGCAGAAGAAGCCCAAGAUGGAGGUUUCCCCGUCCACGACGGAAAAGGAGACAUCCGCAAAUGCCCGUACUAUGCAGACAAGCUGGGCACAGCAAGCCCCAGCUGCCCCUUCCACGCCGCUCUGGGCCUGGCCAGGCAGCCCCUGGUGCAGCUGCUGCUGGCAGCCUGCAUGGCUGUGGCAGCAGGAGCUGCAGCCUGGUACAUCCUGUGAUGGGCACAGCGUGGCUCUGCUUGGGGGCAAGGGGAGAGAUGUGCCCUGCCCGUUUUCUGACCUUCCCUUGCUGGUGGUGAGUUGGCUGCAGAGUGGGAGUAAGGAAAUAAACAGGAAUCCUGUGGGGUUGUCCCUCCUUAGUGCACAGGACUGGUCGGUGCCGGGGGUGAGGACUCCACUGCAGCACUGCCCUG